CCCCACCCAACAUCGCACUAUAUAUAUAUGUGUAUGCAUAUAUUCUUCUCUCUCAAUUCUCAACCCUUCGAAUCAGAAGCUCGACUCGAUCUUCCCAUCUUCGAUAAUUAAUUAAUUCCGAUCCUCUUCUUCUUCUUCUUCUUCUGCAACAGCUAUACAUACCAUGGGGAAGCUAAUUGUAGGGACAGCCAUGGUCAACGACAUAUCCCAACUACACAACAUUUCCGACAAGCUCCUCUUCGACGAGGAUUCGGUAGCAUCAGUUUCCAACGACUUCGGAAACCUCGUCCUGGAGGUCCCCUCUGCAGUGCUCCAUCCCUCUUCCAUAGCUGACAUUAUCGAUCUCAUCAAAUUCUCCAACAAAUGCUCCACCCCCUUCGGCGUCUCCGCCAGGGGCUGCGGCCACUCCGUCAGAGGCCAGGCGGCGGCGCGCGGCGGCGGGGUGGUGGUCGACAUGUCUUCUCUCCGGGGGAAGGGGAUCGGCGUCAGGGUUUCUUGGGACCCUUCGUCAGGACAUUAUUAUGCAGACGCCGGAGGAGAGCAGCUGUGGAUGGACGUGCUACGCGCCGCCCUGGAGCACGGCCUGGCGCCGGUUUCUUGGACGGAUUAUUUGUAUUUGAGCGUCGGCGGGACGCUGUCCAAUGGCGGGAUAAGUGGGCAGUCAUUUCUACAUGGUCCUCAGAUCACCAAUGUUCUUGAAUUGGAUGUCAUCACUGGUAAAGGUGAUCUUCUAACUUGCUCUCAUCACAUCAAUUCCGACCUCUUUUUUGCUGUUCUUGGUGGCCUUGGUCAGUUUGGUAUCAUCACUAGGGCAAGAAUCAUCCUACACAAAGCCCCAACCAGAGCAAAAUGGGUUAGGCUACUUUAUAGCGAUUUCUCGACAUUCACAAGAGAUCAAGAACAUCUGAUUUCUUGCAAGAAAGGGCCAGAUUACGUGGAGGGUUCUUUAAUCACACCCCAAAGCCCUCCAAAUAACUGGAGAUCUUCCUUCUAUUCGUCUUCCCAGCUCUCCAAGAUCACUUCUUUCUUGAAAAGGAAGAAGAAUGGCCAUGGCCUCCUCUACUCCAUCGAAUUUGUCAAAUAUUACGACAAGCAGACCGCAGAUACCAUCGAUGAAGAAAUUGAGGCAGUGGUGGAAGAAUUGAACUUCAUCCCAGGUCUACUUUUCAUGAAAGACGUACCCCUCGUGGAUUUUCUUGGAAGAGUUAAAAGGCAAGACACCGACAGGUCAGAAGGACAAUUAGAAGAAACACAUCCAUGGCUGAAUCUCUUCGUACCAAAAUCCAGGAUCUUGGAUUUCAAUGCUGGUGUCUUUGUCGACAUAAUUGCACGGCACAACCUCUCCUCUGGACCCAUCCUUUUCUACCCAUCUAACAAGAAAAAAUGGGAUUGUCGAAUGUCUGCUGUGGUGCCGGAUGAGGACGUGUUCUAUACGCUGGGAUUACUGCACUCGAGCACAAGGAAUGAUGCAGAGUAUUUCGACGAACUGAAUAAUGAAAUAAUUGAAUUCUGUGAAAAGUCUGGAAUCGAGAUUAAGCAAUAUCUUCCACAUUACAAAUCCAGGGAGGAUUGGAUGAAGCAUUUUGGUCCCAGAUGGGAGACUUUUCAGGAGACAAAGAACAGGUUUGAUCCAAGAAUGAUACUGUCACCCGGACAAAGAAUUUUUAAUGAUUAAUUCAUUUAAUUUGUACGCUCAUUGGGAUUCAGCUCUUUUGAUGCAUGUGUGAAUUUGGAAUUGGUUUCAGAUGAUAUGAUGACCAUGGACCCUUUUUUUUUUUUUGCUGAUUAAUAAAUUA